UAUAAAUUCAUUGGCUUGUGUCGGCAACAAGCACAUUAAAGCAGCUCCUCAUUACCUGUGAAGUUUCUUCCAUAUCAGAAAAGAAAAUAAUGGGAAGGAUGAAUCAAUUUGGUAUUAUGGUGUUGAGUCUUCUGGGGUUGAUAGUGGCAAGUCAAGCUCAAUUGCAAAUGGGAUUUUAUGCUAAGAGCUGUCCAAAAGCUGAACAGAUUGUGCUUAACUAUGUUAAAGAGCACAUCCCCAAUGCUCCAUCACUAGCAGCAACUUUUAUUAGAAUGCAUUUCCAUGACUGCUUUGUCAGGGGUUGUGAUGCAUCCGUGCUUCUAAACUCAACGACAGGCAAUGCAGAUGCUGAGAGGGAUGCACCUCCAAAUCUAACACUCAGAGGCUUUGACUUCAUUGACAAAGUUAAGAGCCUUUUGGAAGAAGAAUGCCCUGGUGUAGUUUCUUGUGCAGAUACUCUUACUCUAGUUGCAAGAGACUCAAUUGUCACCACAGGAGGUCCUUUUUGGAAUGUUCCAACUGGACGUAGAGAUGGGACGAUCUCCAAUAUCACAGAAGCAACAAACAACAUCCCAUUUCCAACAAACAACUUCACCACUGUCUUCCGACUCUUCAAUAAUCAAGGACUUGAUCUAAAGGACUUGGUUCUGCUAUCUGGUGCCCACACAAUCGGAAUUGCUCACUGUACAUCAUUUGAGAACCGUCUGUACAAUUUCACUGGAGUAGGCGAUGAAGACCCGUCUCUUGAUAGUGAAUAUGCAGCAACUCUGAGGGCAAAUAAGUGCAGAGUUCUGAAUGACACUACCACAAAAGUAGAGAUGGACCCCGGGAGUCGCAAGACUUUUGACCUUAGCUACUACUCCCUUUUGGUUAAGAGAAGGGGUCUGUUUCAAUCUGAUGCUGCUUUGAUUACUAACUCUAGCUCAUUAGCUUUAAUUAACCAACUGCUCAGUGGAUCAGAGCAAAAUUUCUUCACCGAAUUUGCCACCUCUAUGGAGAAAAUGGGGCGAAUCAAUGUCAAGACUGGGACAACCGGUCAGAUCAGGAAGCGAUGUGCUUUAGUCAACAGCUAAGUGCCAGAGUAGUCAGCAUUGCCCUCAUAUUUUAAUUUAAUUUUCAUUUCUUCUAUUGGAAGUUCUGUAAUAUAUAACCUCGGCUAUCUCUCCUAAUGUUGCGCGAAUAAUAUAGCCUUUCUAUGAUAUCUUCCUUUUUACCUUCAGAAGAUUGUAUUUUUUGUGACAGAAGCAAUCAUGUAUAAGAUUGCAGUCCUUCCCAUGGAAAUAUAAUAAAAUUUUCCCAAUUUGAGCAA